AUGUCGGAACCAGCACCCACUGACGGUCUGCGUUUACUUGCACUGGAUGGUGGCGGCAUCUGUGGCCUGUCAUCCCUCCAGGUCUUAUGGAACAUCAUGCGCGAAAUCCAACUCUCGGAAAAUCUAGAGAAGAUGCCGUUGCCUUGCGAAUGCUUUGAUCUGAUUGGUGGUACGAGCACGGGAGGGAUCAUUGCGCUCAUGCUAGGCCGCCUUCGCAUGUCUGUUGACGACGCCCUCCACAAGUAUGCGGAGCUUUCAAAGGAUGUCUUCUCAGACAUACAGUUUCUUGGGGAUGGAGCUUUCAAGGCGAGUAAGCUAGAGGCUGCGAUAAAGAAAGUCAUCUCAGAGCAGCCCGCAUCUACGCGUGAUUCGGAGGCGAGGAUGAGGGAUGAUGCGCCCUCUGGUGCAUUGUGCAGGACUUUUGUCUGCGUCACGGUUCCAAACGCUUUAGGUGCACCCACUCCCACGCUCUUCCGGACGUACGAGCCUCGCCACGGACGGUUCAUCAACUGUAAGAUCUGGGAAGCCGCUCGCGCCACAUCAGCUGCACCUACGUUCUUCAAGCCGAUCGAGAUUGACAAUGGAUUUGGCGUUCGCAGCCGCUAUACUGACGGCGGAAUCGGUCAUAACAACCCCGCCAGCGUUGUUCUCCAUGAGGCAUCUUCGAUAUUCCCAGAGCGAAAAGUCGCUUGCAUGAUCAGUAUUGGGACUGGAAAGCUAAGGUCGUCUAGACUCGCUAGACCUGGUUUCAUACAGCGUAUUCUGCCACGCAUCGAUGUCGCUAUCGCUCUCACAAAGAUCGUCACAGACUGUGAGAGGGUUGCGGAGGAUAUGGAGCGCCGCUUCCAUAAUUCCCCAGGUGUCUAUUUUCGUUUCAAUGUUGACCAGGGCAUGGAGGAUGUUAAGCUGGGAGACUGGGAGAAGCUGGACGUGGUAAAUGAUGUCACCGAAAUGUAUCUGAGGUCUACGACAGUCUCGAAGACGAUGACAGACGCUGUGGUAGCUGUACGGGCUCGACGCGGAGUCGCUUUGGCCGUCCAAGAUAAUGGUGCGCUUGCAAGAAAUGAGCCAUCCAUGUAG